AUGGAUUACAACACUAUGCUUGAGAAGCUGCUGGAUGGCGGUUACCUGCCCACGACGGUGAUUCGUGCUGGUAUCCGCCAGCAGCUACGCCAGCGAUUGACCUCUAUCGCGUCGACAUCGAAUGCAUCUGCUUAUGAUACCAAGAUGAAGUAUGUCGAGCUCCUGCGCGAGAGACCAAUUGCGAUCGAGACAUCGAAAGCCAACACGCAGCAUUAUGAAGUCGGCACUGGUGUGCUCAACAACAUGCUGGGCCCGAACAUGAAGUAUUCAUGCUGUCUCUAUGAGGGCCUCAAGCCUGGAGAAGGCCUCGGUGAGGCGGAGCUGCUUAUGAUGGAAGACUAUGUCAAGAAGGCCGACUUGAAGGAUGGCAUGACCAUGUUCGAUCUUGGAUGUGGAUGGGGAUCGCUCAGUUUGUUCCUUGCAGACAAGUUCCGCAACUCCAAGAUUACUGGCUUUUCGAACUCGCGUACGCAAAAGGAGUACAUUGACUCACAGGCCAGCAAACGAGGCUUGACCAACUUGACGAUUGUCACGGGAGACAUUGCUACGUAUGAGUUCCAAGCACCGCUGACCGGGUCUUUUGAUCGAGUGUUGUCGAUAGAGCUGUUUGAGCAUAUGAAGAACUACCAGCUUUUGCUCCGCAAGGUAUCAAGUCUGCUCAAGUCAGGUGGCAAGCUGUUUGUACACAUUUUUGCGCACAAGGACAGCCCGUAUGACUUCGAGGAUGGAUGGAUGACGGAGCACUUCUUCACGGGCGGCACAAUGCCCAGCGCAGAUCUGCUGCUCUGGUUCCAGGAUGAUUUGAGAUGCCAACGCAUGUGGUGGGUCAACGGCAAGAACUAUGCGCAAACUUGCGAGGACUGGCUAUCAACCAUGAACAAGAACAGAAAGGUGCUCUGGCCGCAUUUGGAGGAGACGUAUGGAAAGGAGUUGACGCUGACGUGGUUCCACCGAUGGCAAAUAUUCUACCUCGCAUGCGCCGAGCUGUUCGCAUACAACGGCGGAGAGGAAUGGGGCGUGUGCCACUACUUGUUUGAGAAGCCAUAG